GUCAUUAAAUCAAGCAGAGAUUCUCAGUACAAUAUUAAUUGUUAUUUGAUUUUGCAAAAAUGAUGGAUGUAGAUAUUGAAGAUAAAUACCCGGACUUCUCGUUUGAGGAGGACAUGCCGGUGGGAAAGACCUCCAAAGGUCAUAAGUCACGAAACCACGUGACUGACAGUCAGAAGGAGAACAACAAACCAAAAACUCCACAGUUCCGGAAGGCAUUUAGAGACACGGACUUCGGAGGUGAAAACGAUGCGCGCGAUGAUCGUCGAAAGCAAGACGAAAAACUGUUAAACGAAUUGUCUGAAGUCAUCCGAGAUUACAGUCAACAGCGCAUGCGUGCGCUUCACAUGAGCUUCCGGCUUUACGGAAACGACGAAAUGUGCAUGAACUACAAAGAAAUGACUCAAUCGUUUCAGGAGAACAACGUGUCAAUUCCCGGAAGCCUGUUGAAGUCCCUGACCGUUAAGUUCGAGAGCAAACGGGGUAUCGAUUUGGAGGGGAUGUACCGCUUCCUGUCAGAAGCUCACAACAACACAGGUCGUGAUAGCGUCCUCGCAAGGCACACUAGGAACGACUUGGCACCGAGGUCGGACGUCUCCCAGGAAGAGGUGGACGAGGACCUCCUGUGGCGCGUUGAGGCACAGCUCGUGCAAAUGCGUGAGAACAUGGACAUAUCGGAGCUACGCAUGGAGUUCCAGGCACGUGAUCACGGAAAGUGCGGCAAGAUUGAUGCUGUGGUGGUACACCAAGUGUGCCAGGAAUUUCAACUUCCGGUAUUCGGUUCGCUCCUUAAGAACCUUGUCAAACGAUGUGAUGACGAAAAGAACCAGAAAGUCAGCUGGCCUGAACUUCUCUCAUUCCUAGAACGUGGGCAGGAAAACGCUUGGCGUCGGGACCCGAGCCUCAAGUCCAUACCGCUACAGCGCUACAAACAGGCGCUUGCUACACCCUCACCUCUUGAUGAUCUGUCCUCUAAGACGCGGGAAAAUAUAGUCAUUCAAUUGAGGAAAAAGUCUAUAUUCCGACGAGCAGACAGUCCGUCUCCGAACGGAGUAAGCGAUAAACAGGAAACAGGAGAAGACCAGGGAGCUUUGAGGGCAGCCUCAGCCACUGUACCGAAGCAAGUGGGGAUGUCAAACACAACAGAAAAGAGCGGCAGCGCAACUGUGGGACGCCGGAAAGAAAGGCAGUUACAUGAGCUGGAGGCUGAGGUGGCUGAUCAGCCAGCCCCUGAGGUUGGGAUGCACGUUCAGAUCACAGUGGACGAGCCCUCAGAUACGAGCAGUCCCACUAAGACACUCCCGGAUCACCUCUCCGUUGAAUCCAUUAGCGAAAAUCAAGACCAGCAGGAUUCAUGGCAAAAUUCAACACUUCCUGCUUCUGCCAAUAACGAUGAUCCUUUGAAUUCCGAGCCCUAUAUAAAAUUUCCUGCAAAACAGAAUGGCACCAACGAUCUUUCAAUCAAUGAAUCAUCUCUUCCUUCUAAAGAAACAAAGGCAAUGGUAGAAAAUGAUGUUUUAUCUGAAAAGGACAACAAAAUUGACGAAAAGAAGAACACUAUCGCCAACAAUGGCAAGAAAGCAGGUGGGAAAACUGCACAAGCAAAUAAGAAAGCUGACACCAAGGACAGCACGGAAGUAGUUACCGUGAAGAAUGGUCAGAUCGUCUCAGUCAUGUCACAGGAAGAAGCACUGGAUGACAGGAAACAACAGUCCCCAGCCAAGAAGCAAACGACAAUUAACAUGGGCAUCAAUGGCAAGGACAUGACCUUUACCUAUGACGAGGACAAGGUCAAAGGUCAACUCAUAGACCCGCCAACAGAGAGGCUCAAGCUUCAGUGGGUGUACGGUUACCGUGGUAACGAUUGUCGGAAGAACGUGCACCUGCUGGGUAGCGGAGAUACGAUAUACUUCAUGUCCUAUAUCGUUGUCAUCUACAACAGACAGGCCAACAGACAGAGGCACUAUAAAGAACACACAGAGGACAUGAAGUACAUUGAUGUGCAUCCGAACAAAAACAUUGUUGCUAGCGGACAAUAUGCGAGCAGGAAGAAGCCUGAUAAUAAGGCUCACAUCAGGGUGUGGCGGGCCGAUAAUCUGACCACCCUACACGUGCUGGGUACGGGGCUGUGCGAGAAAUCCAUCGCCUGCCUCGCUUUCGCCCCAAAUAAGGAACUGUUGGCUGCAGUGGACAAUAGCCUUGAGAAGAAGCUGACUAUCUGGGACACUGCCACCGGACAACAGAGAGGGGAGGAGCUGCUAAACACGGACCUCGUUUGUGAUAUUGGAUUCAACCCGAAGUACCCAGACAGUCUGGUUACGGUAGGGAAGGAACACACGUGCUGGUGGAAGGUCUACCCCGACAGUGCUACCAUCCAAAACAGCGCCUCGCCCGAGUAUGACCAAUUCCUGCGGGCAAAAUUUACCAUCUGUCUGGACUUUAACGAGGGAGGCGACUUGGUGACGGGUGAUUCGAAUGGGACUAUCUAUGUGUUUGGAGAUGGCGGGAAAAGAAUCACGAACUAUAUUAAACACGCUCAUGAUGGCCCUGUAUUCACAGUGAUGUACUAUAAGAGCUACAUUUUGUCUGGCGGUCGUGACGGCAUCAUACACUGCUGGGUCUGCAACAAGAACAUGGACUCUGCCGCCUUUGUCAAGUUGCCUGAGACGGAGGGUGGUGUACGAAUGUUGUGUGUGGGACAGAAAGAGCUGAUGAUAGGAACGACAAUGAAUUCCCUCCUAGUCGUGCCCAACAUAGACAACGAACCGCCCCUCCGAGGGUCCUUCAUAGAACACACACCGCUCACACAGAGUCAUUAUGAUGACGUCAGAGGCAUUACACGUGUUACCAACUCGUCCACUGACAUCAUAACAGCAGGACUGGAUGGACUGAUUUGCGGAUACAGCACAUCUGGGAAAAUAUCGAAAUCAAAAGUACAGUUUAAGGGUUACCAGUACCUGUGUGUAGAUAGCAACAAUGCUGGAAACCUCCUCGCUCUGGGAACAAGGGAUGGCCAUGUACAUGUACUGCAGAAGGAGGGAGAUCGUUGGACACAGCUAUUUGACCGUAAAGUCAGCAGGGACCGUCUAGACUCUGUCAAGUUUUCGACCGAUUAUAAACAACUAGCGAUUGGUUCGCACGACACGACGAUAUAUGUCCUCGGUUAUCUGCAGAAAGACGAUGGAACGUACAUUUGGGAGUUCACUGGCAAACUCAAGGGACAUUCGGGCCCAGUGAACGCCGUAGAUUGGUCAACAAACAAACAUGGAGAUUUCUACCUUUUACGAUCCAGCUCAACUGCCAUGGAACUCAAGUAUUGGCAACCUACCACUCUUGAGCUCUUCCUUAAACAAGCAGUACUUCCAUCAAUGCAAUGGGCAACAGACAGCGUUACAAUCGACGCCUCUAUAGCUGGAAUAGUUGCAUCCAGGACAACGAAAGAACGGGAAAUGACAUCGGUAGGGGUAUUUGGCAAAAUUGCGGUAGCAGGCGAUAACUGUGGCAACCUCAGUUUGUUCCGGUAUCCGUGUAGCCAGGUUGGGGCUUUCUGCCACUCAUACCGUUGCCAUGCCACAGUGCGCAGGUUGGUAUUCUCCCCCUCUGGACGGUAUGUGAUGACCGUUGGCGGGAAGGACUCCUGCCUCAUGCAGUGGGAGGUCGUAUGAUACUCGCUUCGGGGACCAAAUAGAAAUACAUUGGCACUGAGUGUACCUUGUCUUUUCAUUAGCAUUGUCGUUAAAGUGUUCGUACUGCACUCACUUGAGGACGUCGUUCGCUACAUGACAUGCUUUACAUGUAAAUGCAAAAAAAAGAUCUUGGGAUAACACAAGUAUUAUGCAUACUAAGGUCAUGAACUUUUGUGCACACGUUUUAAAGGACCAAUACAGAAAUCAUGCACAUCAUUUAAAAAUAGUGUAAAAAAUACGGCAACAAAAUCGAUAGCAGAACAUUGUAAAACUGACAAUGCGCGGCGCUGUUCUUGAUUCACAUGUGUGUUUCUCCGAUUAAGUAUGGCCCCCUUCGAAGAAGAGGGGGUUUAUUGCUAUGCACAUGUCGGUCGGUAUGACGGUCGGUCGGUCGGCCCGUCCGUACGUAGACCAAUGCUUUUCCGAGUGAUAACUCGACAAUUCCUUGACCUAUUGUGAUCAUGACCCUUGUAGAUGACACUUAUUGAUUUUAGGGGUCAUCGGGUCAAAGGUCAAGGUCACAGUGACCCUGAACGCAAAAAAACUUGUCCGUGUGAUAACUCGACAAUGCCUGUACCCAUGGCCCUACUUGACAUUAAGAUUGGGGUGACCAGUAGAUGACCCCUAUUGUUUUUGAAGUCAAAGAUCAAUUUCAUAACUCAUAUUUGUCAUUAAAGUAAAUCAUCAUAUUUACUUAUUCCUUGCUUGUAGGAGAAUAUAUGUUUAUCUGCAAAUAUCAGUCAACAUCUGGAAUG